AUGCUGACACUCAACGAAACGUUCCCCUCGCCCGACGACUUCGUCACCGCCUUCAACGGCGAGCAAGAACACCCGCCUCAACAUACCCUACAGAACGGGUUACCCAUCGUCAACAAUCGGGUAUAUGUCCCCGAGCCGUUGCGCCGUCGGAUCCUCUUCUACUUCCACUUCUCCCGCGUCGGGGCUCAUCAAGGGAUCCAGCGGUCGUACAACCGACUAGCGAAGUACUUCUGGUGGAAUAAUAUGUUCAAUGACGUCCGCAACUUCGCCAAACAAUGCCUAACCUGCAUCAGGAGGAGGCACACGGCUAUCGACUUCGUCAGGGGCAACCUACUCUCAACUGGACUGUUCGAGAUUGUCGCCUGCGACACCGUCGGCCCAAUAUGGUUCCAAAAGCGACAAUACUACCUCUUCACAUGCAUCGAUCACCUCAGCAAGUUCGCGAUCGCGGUCCCCCUCAACACCGUCCGAGCCGUAGACCUCUGGGAAGCGUUCUACUGCAACUGGCUCAGCCUACUCGGGUCACCCCGAAAUCUGCUAAGCGACAACGCCUUCCGAGCCACCGAGUUCCAGGAACGAUGCCAAGGGCUAGGCAUCAAUUGCCUGUUCUGCUCGGCGUACUACCCACAAGGGAACAGCGUCGUCGAAGCCUUCCACCAAUAUCUCAACCGCUCCAUCAGCUCAUUCGCGUCGACGACCCCCUGGAGCUUCCCCGAGAUCGUCGCCUCCGCCAUGAUGGCAUACCGUUCCACCCCGCACCCUACCACCGGAGAAUCACCAUACAGGAUCGUCACCGGGGCUGACCUAGUACUCCCACACUUCCAACAGUGGCACAGAUUCGAGAACCUCAUCCAAGACGUCGUCCCCCGCCUCCGGCUACUCGACACCUUCAGACAAGACGCACUCGACCACACGCUCCGUACCAUCAGCCGACGACGAACGCCAACAACCAAAGAAAUCAAAGUGGGCGACACCGUCGUCAUGCUGCUACGCGGCAAACUCUUAGCCACGCUCCAAGAACGAUUCGGCUCCUCUAAACUCGUCCCGAACUGGUCCGAGCCCUGCCGAGUCACCGAGAUCAAGGGACACAAAGUCGUCGCCCAAUCCAUCUGGCACAAAGACCUAGUCUACGAAUCCCCACUGUCCGAGGUCCUCAAG